AUGGCAGCUACUCCAAAGAAAGCUAUUCAAUCCCCAACUAAGAAACUCAAAAUCCAAACAACAUCUCCUUCUUCAGUUUCAGCCACUCCUCAAACCCCACAGACGCUAGACCCUCCUCCUCGUCGAUCCUCUCGCCGUUUAUCACUCCAACUUGAUUCAAUCAAUACUCCACAUGAACCCGUUUCCCCAAUUGAAAGACCCACCAAAGGUUCACUCAAAACCCCACCAAAUAAAUUGGUUGAGGCCCCUCAAGAAUCUAGGGUUGAUUCGUUGAAAACCCGGAGAAGUUUGAGUGAAAAUGAAUUGAAAAAGACCCCAAAAGAUGACAGAGACAAAGGUUCUUCAAAAACCCCGAAAUCAAAGUCUAAGGUGGUUGAGGUUGGUGUUGGUGUUGAAUUUUCUCCUAUUUCGCCGGAUCAAUCGGAGACAAAGAAGAGAAAAAGGGGCGAAGAGAAAGAGAAAGAGAAAGAGGGAGUGGUGAUAAAGAGAGCGAUGGCAUCGAAGAAGAAUGUGAAAGGCAAUAAAAUGAGUGGAAAGAAGAGGGUUUAUUAUAAGAAAGUGGUGUAUGAUGGGGGUGAAUUUCAGGUUGGAGAUGAUGUGUAUGUGAAGAGGAGAGAGGAUGCUAGCUCGGACGAUGAGGUCCCAGAAUUGGAAGAGUGUAGAGUGUGUUUUAAGGUAGGGAAGGCAGUGGUGCCUCAAGGGGAUUGGAUUUGUGGGUUUUGCGAGGCGAAGAAAUUGGGUAAAGAGGUUCAGUUGCCAAGGCCACCUCCAGGGAAGAAAAUGGCUCGAACAUUGAGGGAGAAGCUUCUUUCUAGUGAUUUAUGGGCUGCCCAUAUAGAAAGUAUAUGGAAAGAGGCAGAUGGGAGCUAUUGGUUUCGGGGACAGUGGUAUAUGAUACCUGAAGAAACUUCUGCUGGACGACAGCCUCAUAAUUUGAGAAGAGAGCUUUAUCAGACAAAUGAUUUUGCUGACAUUGAGAUGGAGUCUAUCAUUAGGCACUGCUUUGUCAUGAAUCCCAAGGAGUAUGCAAAGGCCAAUAAUGAAGGAGAUGACAUUUUCCUGUGUGAAUAUGAAUAUGACAUACAUUGGCACAGUUUCAAGCGUCUAGCUGAUAUUGACAAUGGCGACGAGGAAGGUGAAGAUUCUGACACAGAUGAAGAUUGGAAAUCUUCCAAGGAUGCUGAAUCUGAUACAGAUGCAGAUGUAGAAUAUGAAGAGGAAAAUGUUAAAAACUUACAAUCUAGAGCAUCCUCAGCUCAUGAGUUACCCGCUAACUCACGGAAGGGGCAGUUCUUUGGACUUCAGAAAAUUGGGACAAAGAGAAUCCCAGAGCAUGUGAGAUGCCACAAGCAGACUGAACUAGAGAAGGCAAAAGCAGCACUUUUGUUGGCAAAAUUGCCAAAAUCUCUACCUUGCAGGAAUAAAGAGAUGGAGGAGAUAACUGCAUUUGUAAAAGGUGCUAUCUGUGACGAUCAGUGUCUGGGUCGCUGCCUUUACAUUCAUGGUGUUCCUGGAACUGGAAAGACGAUGAGUGUCCUUGCAGUUAUGAGGAACCUAAAGUCUGAAGUUGAUGCUGGAAGCAUAAGACCAUACUGUUUUGUGGAUGUUAAUGGUCUUAAGUUGGCAUCGCCAGAGAAUAUUUACAGGGUUAUAUAUGAAGCGUUGACUGGGCACAGAGUAAGUUGGAAAAAGGCUCUGCAUUUGCUAAAUGAGCGAUUUUCAGAUGGAACGAGAAGUAGCAAAGAAGAUGGCCGGCCUUGUAUUCUACUCAUUGAUGAACUUGAUCUUCUUGUGACCAGAAAUCAGUCGGUUCUAUACAAUAUUCUUGAUUGGCCAACUAAGCCACAUUCUAAAUUGAUUGUUAUAGGAAUAGCAAAUACAAUGGAUCUUCCAGAAAAGUUACUUCCUCGUAUUUCAAGUCGCAUGGGUAUCCAAAGGCUUUGCUUUGGUCCCUAUAAUUAUCAGCAGCUUCAGGAAAUCAUUUCAAGUCGUCUUAAAGGAAUCAAUGCAUUUGAAAAGCAAGCUAUAGAAUUUGCUUCAAGGAAGGUAGCAGCUAUUUCAGGAGAUGCACGUCGUGCUCUAGAAAUUUGCAGGCGUGCAGCUGAAAUUGCAGAUUACCAUAUUAAGAAUUUGAGCUCCAAUCAUAAUCCAAUUCCUGAAGGAAAAGGCCUUGUUGGUAUGUCAACAGUUGAAGCAGCCAUUCAGGAAAUGUUCCAGGCACCUCAUAUUCAAGUAAUGAGAAGUUGUUCCAAAUUAAGUAAACUUUUCUUGACAGCUAUGGUGUAUGAGCUAUAUAAAACUGGGAUGGCUGAGACAACCUUUGAAAAGUUGGCAAUGACUGUUUCAUGUAUUUGUACAAGCAACGCAGAAGCAUUUCCUGGUUGGGACAUCCUCUUGAAAGUUGGCUGCGUGCUAGGUGAAAGCAGGAUAAUUCUAUGUGAACCAGGAGCUAGGCACCGUUUGCAGAAGUUGCAGCUCAAUUUUCCAAGUGAUGAUGUGGCUUUUGCAUUAAAAGACAGCAAGGAGAUACCUUGGUUGGCCAAAGCACAAUGCAAAGCAAAAGAAAGUGCAUGGCAGUACCCUGAGCCUUCGCCGAAGCAGCAACGUGCAUUCUUCAGGCCUCGACACCUGUUUCAGCUGUUGGUUGCUCAUAGCCUUGGCAUCACAGUUGAUCUAUCGGAGGACCCAACUUUUGAGUAG